CCCUCUCCCCCCCCCCCCUCUCUCUCCCCUCUCUCUCUCUGUGCUUCGGGGGAACAUGAGCGGCGGCGGCGGCGGCGGCGGCGGCGGCUCCUCUAGGGUUUCGAUCCCGGCCGACGCGAGGAAGAUGAUCCAGAACAUCAAGGAGAUCACCGGCAAGCAGCACUCGGACGAGGAUGUGUACGCGAUGCUCAAGGAUUGCUCCAUGGAUCCCGACGAGACCGCAGAGAAGCUCCUGUACCAAGACACAUAUCAUGAGGUCAAAAGCAGAAGAGAAAGGAGAAAGGAGAGUACAAAUGGAAGAUCACCGGAAUCCAAGUCAACAACAGACACUCAAGGACGAGGGGCUAGGGGAAACAGACAUCCUCGUUCGAACUAUGUCUCUUCUGGUGGUGGGAGGAAUAUGCUUGUUCAGAGGGACAAAAGAACUAGUAAUUCAGUGGAGAGAGUGCCCAAUCCUAUGUCUCCGCAGAUGAACAAAAACACUGCAGCGUCUCGUGCAACAAAGGCUUCCAAUAUGGUGCCAAAUGGAACUUCUCAUUUGUCUAAUGGGCUCUCUGCUCAAGUUCAUGCACCGAACUCUUCUGUUAAUGGCAGUCCCGGUGGUCCUGAUGUUAAGUCAGCUAUGGAUUUGAACACAGAGGGUUCGUUGCCACCAAUUUUUUCAACUGCUGAAAAUAAGCUGGGAAAUUCCAUGGUCGUUUCUGAUUCUGUGACCAUGGCAGAGGAAGGAAAGUCUGCAAUGAUGCCUGGCCAACUCCUGGUCUCUGCCACUUCAGCAUCUGCCUCUGAUAUUUCGUCUGUUUCAGAUCCUGUAUUGGCUCCAUCUGUUCCCUGGAAGUUAGGUGCAGAUUCAAUCAACAAUGAAAAAGCAAGUGACGAGAUGGUUCCGGUGGGUUCCACUUCCAAGGAAAAGUCUCUUGAUUCAGUUGUGGAAUUUUCCCAGGGUCAUUCGGCUCAGCUACCGCCGACGUCUAUGCUGACCAGGUCUGGAACUCCCAUGACCAAGUCAUCUUCAAAAGACGAUGACAACUCACAGCUAGAGGCCUGUGACCCAUUAGAAGUGGUUGCAUCUAAGGUUGCACUGGACAAAAGCAAAGCCAGCUCCCAUUCUCUCUCUAUGUCAAGUCUUUCUGAUGGUCAGCAUGUAAUUUUCCCGAACCAUUUUCAAGUAUCUGAAGCUUUCAAGAACAGUUUGACAUUUGGAAGCUUUGAUGCUUGUCUUGGAGGAAGAACAGAAAUCAUUGAUGCCAGUGGCACCGUAGGUGAUGAUAAAUCUAGUCUUGGUGUUGAAUCUUCUCAGGGAAGUGAUGUAACUGUACAGGAAUCUUCUCCGAGCAAUCAAAUUGGAAAUCUUGCUGAACAUCCUGAAGCUUCAGCUCAUGCCCUUGAGAAUGUGCAACCAUCUUCGGAGAACAAGGUUUUGAGCUUAAGUAACUCAAUGUUUGAUCAGGCCAAGCAAAAUUUGAGUUCUGAGGCCCCUCAAGAUCCUGUUGCUCAAGAUGUCCCCGGCAAUAAUAGCUUCGGCUUGAUGCCAUCCAUUCUGGGUACCCAGUUUGUGCAGCCCGAAGGACCUGAGGUUCAGGCACGGGAUGUUUCUCGACCAUCAAAUUUCAUGAAUGGGAAUGCUCCUGCUCUUUCUAGCCCGAGUCCAGCCACAACCCCAACUCCUCAGAGUACCGUAGCUGUGUCGCCGCAACCAGUUCCUAUUUUUAGGCAGCCAUAUCCUGUUAACUACUUCCCUUAUGGCCACUAUCUCCCUCCAUAUUACAUGCCACCAAUGCACCAACUUAUAGGUCACAAUGGAUUCACUCAACAGCCUUCAGCGGGAAAUUUAUAUCUACCUCCAGCUGUUGCUGCACAAGGGAUCAAGUACUCUUUCCCUUCAUUUAAACCAGGAUCCACCGCCCCUCCAAUCGGAAUACCCUCUGGAUAUGCAGCAUAUGGUUCUACUCCCAUAGGUUAUAACCCUAGUCCAGCUGUGACCUCUGGAACAUCGACUAUAAAUGAAGACCACGUGACUAAUCAGUUGAAGGAAAGUCAUCCCUAUUCAACUGCUCAACCGAAUGAAGGUUCUGCAGUUUGGAUUCCUCCUGUGAUAGGCCAAGAUUUGAGUAGCUUGCAAGUGAACCCUUUGUUCAGUCUUCCUCAGGGACCGCACGUCACCUUUUCACCGGCACAAGCUGGUCACGGCACCUUUGGAAUGCAUCAGCCAACGCAGACAAUGGCUGCUGCCCCAACCGUUCAUCCCCUUCUGCAGCAGUCUCAAUCCGGUUCAGUUGAGACGGCGGGACUCCCAACUGGUGCUUACCAGCAUGCCCCACAUAAUGCUCAGAUUAAUUGGAACGCUAAUUUCUGAACGGACAAGACUUUGACAGGGCAACAAUCAUUCAACUGUAUGAGUUUGUAUCGGAGAAAAGAUUCAAUGUCGACUCAUUGACCAGCCUGAGUGUAAAUACACAAAAGAGGUCGAGAUAUAUCGGGAGAACUACUUUGGAGGGGUUUUAAUCAGCUGACUAAUUUUAUUUCAAGGAAGGGGGUCUUUUCUUUCACUUUGGUUUGCUUUCUUACCUUUUUCCUGUGUAGUGAAAGUCUCGUUGGUUAUAUUAUUUUCUAUUGGUUUUCCAAGAUGUUUUGUGGGAAUCAAAGAAAUCGAUAGGUCGGUGGGAUUCGAAAAAACUUCCAUCUGUUGUUGCACUUGUAUAUUAUCUCUUUUUAGUAAGAAAAAUGAAAUAUAGAGUUGUGAUUUUUUUUGGCUA